AUGGCUGUCACCAUCGAGGGGUUGCUCGCCAAACUCGUGGCUUGCAGGUUGGACUUCCACCGUCCCUUCCCUCCGAGCCUGCGCCCAAACUCCAGCUUUGUGGUGAACUGCGCCUCGGUGGGACCCUGCAUCCGGACAAAGCUUUCGGAAAAGGGACCCUGCACUCCGACGAGUGACGCCGUUUGGUCAAGUUCCGCACAGCGGGUGGCUACCACGUGCUCCGUCCCAGCACGUGCAAGGUUGUGCAUCAAGAGUCUCCGUCUUUUGCAGAAAGUUGCACAGCGAAGGCCAACACGACCAAGAAAGUUGGCAGCACUAGUCCAGCUCAGGAAGAAGCCUGUGAUGUCAAGGUCAUGUGGUCAGACACUGAAAUCUACGAAUGUCAGCCGAAUUGCUCCGGCUUGUGCGUUUGGUCUCGCGCAGAGAGGACCGAAAGAAGCACCGGACUCGCAGCCUUCAGCUCGCCCUCUGUCCACUCCAGUGCACGCUCUGGCUGCGCUUGAUGUCUGGCUUGUACCUUGCCAUGGCAAGCUUUCUCUGCGCCGCACCUCAAUGCACAUUCUCAGCUUUACGUCACCAGAGCUCCAGGUCAGUCAGAAGAGCCAGCCGCAGAAGCCUGCAAACUACAGAGGUGAUGCAGGCGUCUCUGCCACGGUAUCCUGCAGGAUGCAGAGCAUGCAUAUAAGUAUGCACAGAAUGCCUGCGCGACAUGCUUCAAGUCGAAGAGGCUUGAAGGGUUUGCUUGUGCUGAGGUCUGUGCUUGGCAUCUCGUGGAGGGUAGUGCCUGGUAAGAGGAGGGGAACAACCGCACGUAUGGAUCGCCGCAAAGCUCCAGGUCUAAGCUGCCAGCCGCCACGUUUUGCCCCGGCUUCCUAUCAUGCACCCCUUGCUUACUUUGCGGACAAUGCUUUCAGGAAGUCACCGCGUGCUCUUCUGCAUUGCAGAGCGACGAGGGCACAAGUUCCCUUUGUGCGCCUGCAUGCAGCUCGUUCCGUCUCGCCACUUGGCGUUGCUCUCGAUCUCGUCCUUACGAGUUUGAUACUGCAUCUAAGCGUCCCAAACCUCCAUCUUGGACAGGUGGGAAUUGCAAGAAAAGGUUGCAUGCAAAUGCGCUCUUUAAUCCAGAGUCCGGCAGGGUUCAAAGCCAUGGAGAGUCGACGGCUCGGACUCGGCCGUGCCAGACAAGACGGUGCCACAAUGCGGUGCUCUCCGCAGUGCCGUGUAUCGGUGCUGCAAUUGCUUCGGAACGCUAUCGUGCCCAGUGUAGGCCUCUCAUUAGAGACAUGCCGGCGCUCGGCGAUCAGGAUUAUGAUGUUGGUGCUGACAGAAGACUUGCUCGAUACCUCUCCCCAGAGCCCGGAUCGGAGCAUGGUGCCCAUUACACCUCACCUCGAUCCGAAGCGGUUGCGACGUGUCCUGACGACAUGCCAGGGCACGUCGUGGGCAGCGCGGAGAGAGAGCCAAGUCCAAGCAGGCACCGCCCUGGUCAGCGUGACACCGACGCACCGGCAAGGCCCAGUCCCUGUCCUACCGUCUUGCACUCGCCUGAGUGUCUUUUCGCUUCUCGUAUCUGUCGUGGAUUGUGGUCUCACAGCCGGGUCCUGCACGCUCAGCGCGUUCUCACGGCGUGGGACAGUCUGCAAUCUGAAGACACUGCAGGCCACUGCUACGCUCCUGUGGCAUCCGUCUCAUUUCAAGCUUUCGCAGAAUCCGCUGAAGCGCGGAGAGGUGCUGCGGACCGUGAAAGCCUGCAUAGCUUCAGGGCUCAAGCCGCACAAUGGAGGGCAGAAACAACUCUCUUUUUUCAUGAGCGCCUUCGCUGAAGUCGACUCCGUGAAACCCUUUCGCAGGGUGACGUCCAUCCUGACCUCGUGCCGCUCGUGCUCUGUGUCUUCAAGGCUUCAGGUCAAAGUCAGGGCUGGGAAUCACUGCUCAAGCACAACAGUCGGCCAGAUUUGCGUCGAAAGCCACAGCUGGAGGUUACCAAGUCUUGCGCGCUUGCCGGCGCUUGUGUUUCACAGCAUGCAAGCCUGCCCGGGGGUUUGUUCGGGUCUCGAUGGCAGUUGUGUACAUCCACUUGUGCCUUCAAAUCUUGGAGGCUUCCUCGUGCAUGUGGGUUUCGUGUGCAAGGGGCAUAGCAUACUUCCUUCCGGUCUUUGCCUGCUUCGGGAGUGUAGUUCUUCGAAGCCGGGAGGGCAGGAAGGUCUCAAGGCCCCCACUCUGCAGCAAAUAUCUGCGCCUCAAAAGGCUCUGCGUUGCGGUUCGGACCCGGGCUUUGAAGCUUCUUGCCUGAGUCCCUUGAGCUUCAUUCUUCGUCGGGAAGUUGGUUGCAUGCUCGCUGCGUUGUGUUCGCUCCCCUCGGGCUGUCGGCUGUGGUUUGUUCCUCACGUCCUUCUUGGGCUUCCUGAGUCGCUCGUGAACAUGCGCUGCAUUGAUGGGGUUGGUUCGGCGUCUAGGACUAGAAUCCGUAAGCUUCAGGGGCUGCUUGUGGCAGCGCAGUCUUCAAGCUGCCAUCCUCUCGAACUUGCUCGCGAGCAAGUUCGCGCCGCUGGUGCCGCCGGUGCCGUGGGAGCUGCAGGGUCAAGCAGACCCAUCGCUUCCAGAAGCAGCAAGGUCCAGGCCAAAGCCUUGAUUCGCUCCCUCCAGGCGGUUCUGAAGCUUCUGAGGUCAUGGAGUUCCCGCAGAGGUCUCAGGUUUGCCCGCAAGGUCUGCCCCUCUUGGUUUCAGCAUGCCGCCCUGGGCCGAUGCAACGCCCAGGUUCAUGUGAAGUGCGUCGCAAAGUUCGAAGCACAUCCGGUUUGCCUGGAAAGGUUCCAGGCCCCCCGGUGUUACCCUUGUUUGCUGACGUCCGAGCGGGCCAGCCCCCAGCCGCAACCUGGUUGUUACCCGUGUUUACUGACACGCGAGCGCGAGCAGGCAGAGUCUUGCGAUGUGCUCGACAAGCAUAAGCAUGUGGCUCCCUUGCCGGCAACAUUGGUUUCAGACUCGCUCGAGCAACCCGGGCUUGCGCCGCCGCUCGAACAGGAGGCUUUGUCAGUGCCCAAACUCGAGCGGCUUUCGCCUGCACGAGGCCCUGGGGGGGCCUUUGUCUUCCUUGGGCUUCAGGACAUGCUUGCUGCGUCCGCUGCGUUGUGCCGACCCUGGCUCCCUCUGCGCGGUCCGCUCGCCCACAGACCACCCAGGUAUGGCAAAACGCCAGGUGAGCUCGAGCACCGAAUGCUGCCGAAAGAGUUCAUAAGGCCCCCAAGCCUCGAAGUGGCGGAGAUGCCGCGUUGCUUGCAGGUGACCAGACCGUUUUGGCUUCCUUUGGCUUGGCAUAGUGACUCCUUGCAAGCCCCGUUUGGUCCGGGCUUGGCCUGGACUUUGAAAGAGUCCUGUCUCCAGUCGCUCAACAUGGGCGUGUGCUCCAAAUGCCAUACUUCAAUUCCUGACUUUACCAUGGCCCUACAUUUUGUCCUUGUGCAUGCGCUUUCCUACAACAAAGCCUUUGAGGAUCCUCCAACACGGUUUCUUCUCAAUCACCGUAAGGAGCACAAAGCCUUCCCAAAGCCAGCCUUCCCAAUGCCAGAGAAGGCGCCGGCCAAGAACGCAUGUCGGAUUUGGAGCGAGCGUGCUUCGGCGGGGCAGGUUAACAUCCUUCCACCUUUGCUUGCAGCUGUGGACUCCGCUCUGUCUGAUAACUCUGGAGGCUUUGGGAAGCUGCAACCUCCGAGGUCAGCCUGCAGAGUUUGCUCUGCCGUUUUCUGGGAGCGGGAACGAUUCAAUGUCCUGGCAAGGGUGAUGCCGGUGGCCACGGUGCCAGGGCCAAGGGUUCCGCAGCUCCCAGAGCUAGCCGUUCUGGCCCCUGUUUCAGCACUCCACAUCAGGUCGAAGGCCAAGGCAUCAGCAGGCCCUGUCCCGAUUUGCCGUGGAGUUCUGCAGGACUCUUGCAGCAUCCAGCGACUGAGACCGUUUCAGCUGUGGAAAGCAAUCUGGUGUUCGCUUCGCAAGCGUCGUCGCUGA